GAUGCUCGAUUAUAAACAGAUUGAAAGUUUUGUCAGUUGGAGAAAAAUUUCAUCAUAACAGUUACAGAAACUAUGAUUCCCUUCCAAGGUCUUAUAAAAAGUUUAUGUGAGACAAAGAAAUGUGGAUUAAAUAAUAAAUCACUUCAUUGUGGUUUCUUAGAUGUUCUGACAUGUUAAGGUAAUUAACCUGUGCUGUAUAUUCUUGAUUACAUUAUGUAGGUUAUUAACUGUGUAUGUAGAUUAGAGUAUUAUAGCUUUAUAAUUACUGUAUGUGUUAAUGCUUUAUUUUAAGGUUUCUUUAACUCUUUAAUGAAAGCUCGAUUCUGAACAUUUUCUGUCGUGCGAAAUCCUCAUUGGGUGUGAACACAUUAACUGAACAAUGUUAACAUGACCGACUUUUUUCAUAAGAACAGCAUGUCAGACCUGCACCUGUUGUUGAAGUUGGCGGUGAGGGAGGAGAACCCUUCGAUUUUAAUGGCACUGGAAAUGGAAGCAUGCUGAAAACGAUCCAGGUUUGGGAAGGUGAUUGCCAGAUAAAAGCCAUGAAGGUGUGGCUUACUGAUGACCGGUUCGAGCAGUUUGGUGAUCCUGCUGGGAAUCUGAAAGAGUUUACAUUUGGAAAUAGAGAGUAUUUCAGCUCCCUCUCACUUUUUCCAAAUCAAGAUGGUUCACGUCUGGGUGCAAUCAAAUUCGAGACGUGUCAGUCCCGAGAGUUCUAUGCAGCCAUGAUAAAUUUUACACUGCAACCAGAAGUUAAAGUUGAUGUUGCCUCUGGGAUCUGCAUGGGGAUCAAAGGACGUUCAGGUUUGGAUAUCGAUCGCUUAGGCUUCAUGUUCAAUCUCACUGCUGAUCUUACCAAUGUUGUGUAUCCCACUAUUCCUGAUGUGAUACCUAAAGUGGCUGUUGGAGAAAUUAAAUCCAUGUCCUACCAGAAUCAAGAUAUGAAUUACAAUGUAGCAGAAAAACUGUUUAAGGGCAAUAUGGAAUUCACAGUGAGCCUGAAAGUAAGUGCAGGAAUUCCAUGUCUUGCAGUGGGGAAAACAACAUAUGAAUUAAAAAUUGGAGUUGAGGAUACAUAUGCUUCAGACAUCAGCACAGAGAAAAUGGAGCUCUUCUCAUUUCCUGUUAAAGUUCCUGCAGGUAAAACCGUGGAUGUGCGCGUCACACUUGGCCAGGCUACAGUUGACCUCCCAUUCACUGGCAUCAUGAAGAUUACCUGCUAUAAUGGCAGUGUGCUGGAGUAUAAAACCAGUGGAACCUACAAGGGUGUCACUUACUCUGAUGGAAAAGUGGUUGUGAAUGAAUCAAACAAAAAGCUUGGUGCAGCCUAACAAGCUUUGAAUUCAAUUAUAUAAAUAUUUUAACUACAAAAUGUGUACUCAUAUUUGAUAAUGUUAAAUAAUCAGUGUUACA